GAGGCUUUUUAUUUAAUAUUAAAAGAAAGAAAACCGUACCUAUAUAAAAGCAGGCAUAAUUAUAUAAUAAGAAGAUCCAGGGGCCCGGAUAGCAGAUUUCUAAUAGCUACUAAAGUAAAGGCAAAAGAAGAUAGUAGAGAGGAAAAAAAUGAAUCUCAGGAAAUACUAAAGGAAAUAUUAAGUAUUAUUACUAGUAUGAAAUAA